AACGCGUUUUCAUAAUUUGUCGGGUGCACGCGACUCCGACGAAACCGAAUUUUACAUAUAUAAUAAAAAACAGGUAGUCUGUUGCGGGUCGUUAUAAAUAAUAAUAUUGUUAUAUGAUGUACGCUUUUUUGUUUUCGGGAUAAGAAAAAAAAAAAAAAACUAAAAAAAAAAAUCCCCUUCGCCGAUCGUCAUUGCCGCCCGACAACUGCACCGCCGCCGCCGUCGUCGCUGCAACCCCGCCGCCUGCUGCACCCGUCCACGGGCGCAACACGUUCCCGCCGUCGUCGUCGUCGUCGCCGUCACCGUCGUCUCGUGUGAUCGUCAUCGCCGCCGGCGAAACCGACUCGCCAGCAAGAACAUUUUAAUAAUAAACAUUAUAAUAUAUUAUAUUAUCAUCUCUACACACGCGCAUAAUAUUAAUAUUAUAAUAUUAUAGUAUAAUACGUAAACGGCUCGCGUUCGGUCUCUUCUCCUUCGCGUCUUCUUCUCCUUUUUCUCUCCGUCUAGCCGCAAUCCUUCUCCGUAUCCUCCGUCUUCUCACUUUUUUUUUUUUUACACAGCGACUCCGUCUCUCGCUCUCUCUCUCUCUCUCUCUCUCUGUGUGUGUCUCACACACGCUCGUUCUCUCGUCGUCUCGCGUACUCACACACAUAUAUAUAUAUAUACCUUUACACGUCGUUCGACUGCACUCCGGGCUGCAUCUUUGGGUCGGGGAGGGGGCGGACGGCCGUGGCCUCAGCAUCCGAAGGUGUGUGUGCGCGCGCCGCGCGCGCGUUCCUGUUCACCGCCGCCGCCGUCGUCGUCGUCCGGGCGUAGUCACCGGGGGCGCGCUCGCGCACAGUACACAGCCGGCGGACGGGCGGCCGACGCAGAGUGGCUAUGGACACCGCGGACGGGGUAGUGGCCGGUGCAGCUGAAUAUGCCGUCACCGUCGCGCUGUCGCUGCUGCUGUUCGUCGUGCUCCUGGUGCUGGCGGCCGCGUCGGCGCGCGGCCGCGGGCUCCGGACCGCCACCGCCGCGGCCACGGGGGCCGCCCGCACCGCCGCGCUGGACGGCCCGACGGCGUACCCGGUCAUCGGGACGCUGUACGUCAUGGACGGGCACAGGGACAAUCCGUUCCGCCGGUUCACCGAACUGGCCCACCGGUACGGGCCCGUUUACGCCAUGACCAUGGGCACGACGCCGUGCGUGGUCGUCAACGAUUACCCGUCCAUCAAGGAAGUGCUCAUCACCAACGGUUCCAAGUUUGGCGGCCGGCCCGACUUUUCCCGGUACAACGUGCUGUUCGCCGGAGACCGCAACAACUCUCUGGCGCUAUGCGACUGGUCGUGGCUUCAAGAGACUAGACGGAAGAUAGCUCGAAUGUACUGUUCCCCCAAAGUGUGCUCGUCCAACUACGGUCUGCUGGACUCCAUCGCGUCCGACGAGCUGGACGUGUUCUUGAAAUCGUUGGCCGCAGUCACCGACCGCGGUGCCGAGCGCGAGGUACAGGUGAAACAGCCGCUGCUGAUGGCCUGCGCCAACAUGUUCGUCCGGUUCAUGUGUUCGACGCAGUUCGAGUACGGCGACCCCGAGUUUCAAACCAUGGUCCGGACGUUUGACGAGAUAUUCUGGGACAUCAACCAAGGUUACGCGGUGGACUUCUUGCCGUGGCUGAGGCCGUUCUACGCGGGCCACAUGCGAAAGCUAUCCACUUGGUCGGCGCACAUCAGACGGUACAUGAUGGACAAGGUCGUGUCGCACAGGAGCAGUUACGCGACGGCUGUGGCCGCUGCGAUGGACGGCGGUGGAUACGACGAAAACGACGAACAAGAACCGGCAGACUUCACCGACGCUCUUCUCAUGAGCCUGCGCAAAGAUCCCAGACUAAGCAUGGACCACGUGCUGUUCGAGCUCGAAGACUUCAUCGGCGGUCAUUCGGCCGUCGGCAACAUGGUCAUGCUAGCCCUGUCCAUGGUCGCCACCAGGCCGCACGUGGCCCAAGCGAUCCGAGACGAGGCCGAACGAGUGACCGGCGGACAACGUCUGGUCCGUCUGUACGACAAGCCGGACAUGCCGUACACCGAGGCCACUCUGUUCGAGACUUUACGAGUCGUUUCUUCGCCCAUCGUUCCACACGUGGCGACCGAGGACACUACGAUUAAAGGUUUCAAAAUACCAAAAGGAACGUGCAUUAUACUUAAUAAUUACGAAAUCAACACCAGCCCGGCUUACUGGGACGACCCGGAAGUAUUCGAUCCCAAUCGUUUCAUACACCGCAAGUCUGGUGAAAAGCCAUGCAUCCGGAAACCGGAAUACUUUCUGCCGUUCAGCACCGGUAAAAGGACGUGCAUUGGACAGCAAUUAGUUUCCGGGUUCGGGUUUGUACUUCUCGCCGGUGUUCUGCAGAAGUACGAGGUAACGGCCACUGCUCAAAUGGCAAUACCCGAGGCGCGUCUUGCUCUACCGCCCGACACUUACCCGUUAAUAUUGAAACCGCUCGACGGAUCUCCAUAGAAUCGGAUGUCGAAUAUAAAUAUUAAAUUGUUAUGCAAUCACGUUCACAUCAGACUAAUACGACAAUCAUUAUCGUUGUAUAUUAAAUUAGAUAACUAUUGUACAUAUCCAUAAAAACAUUUAUAUAGGUAUCGAAUCCCAAGACUGUUUGAUUUACAAUUUAUUCGUAUGUAAGAACAUAUAACAAUAAUUUUAAUCGCGUCGACAUUUGAUUAAACAUAGUAUUAUUGAUAUGUAUACAUUUUUAUUUUAUUUUUUAAUAGACUGAAACACAGCACUGUUUGAGACAAAUUUAAUAUCAGUCCAAAAAGUUUUUGUACCAAUAUAAUAUAUAAGAUAUAAUUAUAAGUAUUUAAUAUCAAACAAAAUUUGAUAUAAAAUUAAAAUUUGAAUAUAUAUUUUUUAAUUGAAUAUAAAUAUUUUUUUUUUUUUUUGCCAAAUUGUAUUAUUAUUUAUACAUAAUAUUAUAUUUGUUGAAUUUCGAUUUAUAUUUAUAUCAUAUGUAUUUUUUUAAUUGCUUAACGCAUUUAGUUAUUUUAUAUUUAAGAAUUUAAGAUUGUAUUUCCUACGAGGAAAAAUGGUACUGUACAAAUAAAAACA